AUGUUUCAGGUCUGGGAAUAUCGCACUUGGACCCUUAACCUUCUGGAGGCUGUCUUCGAAGAGCCUCUACUGUCUUUUGCCACCGGCGAAACCCACAUAGAGAGAGAUCUUUACAAAUUUGUUAAAGGGCGGCGUUCUCGACGGUGUCGAAUAACGUUGCAAUUGUACUUCCAAGAACUGUACGACUUCGAGUUGGCUUUCAUCAAAUGGAGAUUAACUCGUCUUCACUCUUCUGCAGCUUUGCAGAAACGCGUCUUCAACAGGAAAACAACAAAGGCAUCUGAUGACAUAAGGAAAAAAAUUCGUCCCAACCAGUUCUUAGAAAAGGCCAAAUACAGGCUCCAACAGAGAAACCUCAAGAAAAGCAACAAAAAAGCAGAGAGUUUGGCAGCUUCAGCCGUGCAAAGCCGAAAGCUGACUUCGCGGGGGCUGACAGAGGGGGGCCGGGGGACCUCAUUGCAGGGGCCCCCAGGGGCCCCUUCUCGCUUUCUGUCUGCAGUGAAGAGCGCCGCGUCUUUGCGCACUUUGAGGGACAUGUCGCAGGCGAGUCGGCAGCUGCUGUUGGGGGGUAGUUCGCUGCAGAUGCAGCGCAAGCAGGAGCCCGACGCGUACACGAAUUUGCUGCUGCAGCACAUGCAGACUUUGGUGGCAGUGGAACAAGAUGCAGAGGCAGACAACAUUCUGUCGCUGCUUGAUGGAAUGGAGCCUAUAUCCAAGUCGGUGGCCUCCAAGGCCUCAGUAGCCCUGAUUCGACAGCAGCCGAACCCCCGCCUCAGGAUCCACUUGCUGCAUUCUUCAACGCUCAAUAGCGGAGUCAAAAUAACCACCACAGAACAAGAAGAAACCAAUGCUCCUACUUGGGACAACUUAGGGGAAGUGUACUUUAGGGGCACCCUCAGGGACCUUGACAGCGCCUACCUAGAGGUCAUUGUGGAAGACAUGAGUGCUGCUUCGGCGUUUCGGCAGAUUGGGUACGGACAGCUGCCUCUACGGGGUGUUGUGGGGUACCCUUCAGUGCAGAUGGAGUUGGGGGCCCCCAACUGGGUCUCUUUGCAAGCGAAGGUGGAAGGGUGGUCGGAGCAGUUGAGCGACUGGCACUUCGGCUGGCUAGAGGGCAAGGUGAUGAUAGCGCACACUCCCCGUUACCGGCAAGUAGGAGAGGUUUAUGAGGUGGAGGGAGGCCGAGUCUACUUGAUAGUCAAGAUCGGCAGCAUAGACCAGAUAAUCACCGCAGACAACCGCAGCACUGUAGAUGCAUAUGUGGAGGUCUCGUUUGACGGCACUUCCAGAAGGACCCGCGUCAUCCGCAACUCCCUCAACCCUGUCUGGGAUGAGGAAGUGGCUGUUCCCCUUCGAUUCGCCUCCAUCCGAGAUAUAUCUUACACAGAAAUACAAAGAAAAGGCAAGAUCUACUUUGAUGUGUGGGGGGUCGGAACCAACUACGUCGACCAUCUGGGGGAAUGCACGCUCUACCUUCAGGACAUUUUCUACAACGAGAAAAACCAAAAGCGCACACAAGUCACCAAAGAAAGAAUCAUAUUGGAGACAAAUAUGAAGGCCAAGUACGAAACCCGCGUAUUCGCGGGCACCAAGCGCCUCUCCUUUAUUCACAAAGACGACAGACCCUCAAAUCUCACAUUGGAGGCAUGGACUUGUCCGGACAUUCUUGAUGUCUCGGACUUGGACAAGCUUCCCCAAGCUGAGAGAUUCGACACCAAGAACAACAUGCCCAGGGCUCUUGCAUGCAAGUACGACCAGCUCAAGGCUCUGUUCAAUUUGGUGAUUGAAUCCAAAAAGCUGCUCGACGCGGAUGCCCCCGUGGGCCCUCCUCGAUGUUUUGAACUCGAGAGACUAGACCAACGCAAAGAGUCACAAUUUUUACCAACUCUUGUAGCCCCAAUAAAGCCACCAUUAGGUGUGGACUCCCAAGCUGCUGUAUUUCACUACACGCGAUGUGUUCCCUUUGUGAUAAAGAGACAGGCUCUUACCUUCUCUCCGGACUUUACCAUGCAACUUAAGGCGGGAGACCCCCUGGACCAUUCUCUGCUGAUGACCAGUCUGCUUCUCGGCCUGCCCACGCAUGCAUUCGUCUGCAUCGGAACUCUGCACGACAAGCACAUGCAUGCAUGGGUCACUACAUUUCACUGGGACGAAGAAAGAGAGACGGGGAAUGUAAAAAUGUGGGAGACGGCCAGCGGUCUGGUGUACGUACUCAAGAGUCGAUUUCAGGACCUUGAGCUAGCACAGACGGUCAUUAAGGAUCCAGAAGGAGGGGCCACGGAGAUUAUCCUAAACCAGCGGAGGGAUCGUUUACUACUGGUCAAUCCUGACUUAGCCGGUGAAGAAGCCGGGAGCACUGAAAACGGCUCCCUUCGCCUGUCGCAGUUUUGGGGAAACAAACAGCAGCAAGAGGCCCCUGUUGGGGGCCCUAAGCUUCCAUAUCGUUCCCUUGAUCUCAUGUUCAACCACAACAACGUAUGGCUAAACAUACAAGAUCCUAACCCGUCAAAGAUUUGGUUUGACAUUUGGAACUUCUUUGAAAAGAUGUCAAACGAGCUCCUAGACAAAGUCACAGCUGAUUUAACGGCAUUUAGAGCCAGUCGAAACCUAAACACCAAGUGGAACAGAGACGAAGUUCUGGAAGCCUUCUUACAAACGGGUCUCGAAUUGCUUCAUCAAGUGAACACAGCACGAGAAGAGGAUUUUCAACUAGCCAAGCUGAAACUAGAAGAUUGGCGCAAGGCCCUUUAUUCUAAAGUACCCAACAGCUACAGAGUGCGCGGGGUACCGCUUCAGUACAACACUUUGGACUGCAAGUGGAUAUCGGACUCAAUAAUUCGUCAAGUUGAAUUCUUGGAGUCAAGAGAUCGGAGCGCUGCAUUCGCCAUUUCAGCGUGCAUGUACAACCUUCCUGGCGAGCUCUGCAGCACUUACAUUUAUCUUCUGCUCUGUCAAAAAGUGACAGAACGAGAAAGGAGGAGACUGCUUCUAGCGAAAGAGCAGGAAGGCCGGGAAAAGGGCCAACGCCGGGCUCGAGCCAAGAGACUGCACUACAACAAACAAAGAAGACAUCCCAAGAAAGUAUCUUCUGAAGAAGGGGAAGGUCAGGAUGACUUUGAAAGCCGUGAAGGGGGCAUGUCGAGAACCAUGCGCGAAGACGACGCUUCUGGGGGCCACCCAGGGGAUCCCGAAAACCCACUUGAGGGCGGCGAAGGUGCCGAGGGAUUACCGCCUCUGGGGAGUCCAAAAAGUAAAAAGCACAAGAAGAAACACAAGCAAAAAAAAGUACCUAAAGUCAAGAAGAGAGCUCCCAAUUUGGUAGAAGGAAGCGAAAUAGGAUGGUUCAGUAUACGCCGCAAUUAUUACGAAGAGGACGAGGCUCCCGAUUUCAAGUCUCUAAUGCAGGAUCUCGAAGAUUCUGUUGCUGAGAUACUUCACAUUAAUCCAAACAGAGUCCGGGCAUUUCAGGGUCGUUACUAUGAGAAACGUCUUGUCUUUGCCAUACACCCCGACUCUCUUUCUCCUCCUCCUCCUGUAGAGGGAGACAAGCAGAAAGAGGACCAGCAAGAUGAAGACGAGAGUCCAGCCCAAGUUGCUGGGGCUCUUAGCCCAGCGGUUCUCAUGGAAGCCUUAAGCCAGCUUACCGAUCAGAUGCUCGAGAAGAACGAAGUCUUCGCAGAGAUCACAGGUGGGGAAGCGCAAUUUGGUUGGGAUGGCCAAGGCAGCCGCCCUUACUGUGCAGAGAAGGAGGCGGAGGAGAGAGCUUCUCAGGAAGACAACAUUGACGGUCCUGUGGCCGAAGCUGGGGAAGAACCAGAGGAGGCAGGCAAGUCAAAGAAGAAGAAAAAGAAGGAGAAAAAAGCAAAAAAAGAAAAGAAAGAAAAGAAAAGGAAGGAAGGAGACACCCAAGAUGACGCGAUACCGCCGCAGUCCGACUCGCCAGAAACUGAAGCCACAGAAGAACGGAUUACACCAAAGCCCGUUGAUGCUGAUGAAGGGGCUGUUUCUGCUGACGCAAUUCCUGCUGCAGCUGCGGCUGCAGCCGCCCCAGCAGCGGUUGCAGCAGGAAUACCAGUUGUUGCCGCUGCCGCGGCCAUGGACAAGGUCACUAAGAAGAAAAAGAAAAAGGAAAAAAAGAAAAAGGAAAAAAAGUCUGAGCCAGAGUCCGAUGUUAGUACACCUCGAGAUGAGAAGCCGACAAAGAUAAUCAGGCAGCCCUCUCCCCCGCGUAAAGAGCCCACACCUCCACCGAGCAGCAGCAGCAGCAGCAGCAGCAGCAGCGUCGAGGAGAAGGCGCCUCCACCCCCACCACCUAAGCCCAAGGGACUCGGCUUGACCGCUGCUGGCACCGUUGUAGCCGCCGUUAAGCGUCUGCGGCGCCGCCGUGCCCCAGCGGCAUCCAGCAGCAGCAGCAGCAGUAGUAGUAGUAGUAGUAGUAGCAGCAGUAUCAGCGAGACGGACUCGGAAAUACGGGAGCAGGAGCGUUUGCUGCGAGCUCGUUUGUCAGAUUUGCGCAGGCAGCAUGAGCAGCUUCUUCGGCAGCAGCUACAGCAGCUGCCAAGCGCAACAGAUAGCGAUUCCCUGUCUCUAUCUGCAGUAUCAAGGGACAGAGAAAUCCCCCCCAAAAAUAGCGCAGAGCUGCGUUUCGUCAGCUCUGGGGACGACAGUGAAGAAGAGGAGGACUCUCAGGAGGCGGAAGAGACAGAGAGACAACUUAGAGAAAGGUUAUUGAGGCUCGAGAAGGCUCAGAAAGACCUCAAGGGAAUGGCCUCAAAUCUACACGAGGCGGAACAACAGCUCACCUUUGCACGCAUCCCAGCUCAUGAGGCAGGCCUAGAUGAAAGGUACCUUUCCUACGGAAGCAGCACGAUGGAGAACCCUUGUCCGCUCAUUCCGUCUCCCCCUUCCCUGUGCUCAAUGAAAAUCUUGUCAAAAUUGCCGCAGUCCUGCGCAGUGGUAGAUGAAGCUGUUUUUUCUGGGUCUGAGGCAACUGGUAGCAUCAAUGGCGCAGCAUCAGAGAGAAACAAUACAACACUGGGUUUCGUAUCACUAAACACUCCUUUGUUGGAGCAUCAACUGCAUCAGAAUGCUCAGCAGCAGCACUUUAUUCCGUGGUGGUUGGGCCGAAAGGCGCGAAGGAGGCGCCCUUCGCCGUCACCUGAGAGAGACCAGAAUGAGACAAAGGCACCCAACGGUAGCAUCGCAGUAUCAGCAGGUUCUUCGGGGUUGCGUGAGGACGCCACUAGAGAGUGGUCUCAGCAGGAUUCAUUUCAGUCAACUGCUGCUGCUGCAAUGGUGCUACAGACACAGCAGGAAGCAUUGCGGCGGCAGCUUGAGCAGUUAAAACAGAAACAGUUGCGGGAGCGACAGAAGUCGCGGAAAUGGGGAGCUGUGGCAAAGGGUUACGCACCAAGGAAGACUGCUUUUGCUUACAAACGCAUUCCAGAUAGACAGGUGGUGGGGGAGGCAGGCGACACGACUGGCACUCCUGACAUAAUGCGCGGCUUCCUUCUAAGCAGCAGCAGCAGCACAUACAGCAGCAGCAGUGACUCUGGAGAGUCAGAGUAUUGA